AUGGACCAUUGGAGUGAAAGUGAGGGCAAGAGAGCGCAUGAUCCUAUCUUCCAAACCUAUUUCAGCCAAAACUGCGGACAACAUGUUGAAGAUUUCUGCAAGGGGAGGAGUGCGGAUGCUGCCGUUACUCCUUCACAGCGAUGUAUCUUGGUUCCAGGUCCAAUUAUCGUGGGUGCAGGACCAUCAGGGCUUGCCGUUGCUGCAUGUCUCAAGGAGAAGGGGGUCGAUAGCCUUAUCUUCGAGCGCUCCAACUGCAUAGCUUCCCUGUGGCAGCUCAAAACAUAUGAUCGUCUGAGCCUUCAUCUUCCACGACAGUUCUGUGAGCUUCCUCUAAUGCCUUUCCCUGCCGAUUACCCUAUUUACCCCUCAAAGAAGGAGUUUGUAGCAUACUUGGAAAAGUAUGCUGCACGGUUCGGCAUCUGCCCUACCUACAACCACACGGUGGUAUGUGCAGAGUACGAUGUGAAGCGUCUGUUAUGGCGGGUGAGGAUGCAAGCUACAGGAAGAAUGGGAGAGGAAGUGGAAUAUAUGUCCCGGUGGUUGGUUGUGGCGACUGGGGAGAACGCUGAGGUUGUGCAGCCAGAGAUUGGUGGCCUAAAAGAGUUCAAAGGAACGGUUAUGCACACCAGUGCAUACAAAACUGGCCGUGUGUUUGCUGGGAAGCGUGUUCUUGUUGUUGGGUGUGGCAACUCUGGCAUGGAGGUCUGCCUAGAUCUUUGCAACAACAAUGCACAUCCCCAUAUUGUAGUAAGAGACACUGUACACAUCUUGCCCAGGGAGAUGCUGGGUCAGUCCACCUUUGGGCUGUCAAUGUGGCUGCUCAAGUGGCUGCCAGUCCACGUGGUGGACCUGUUUCUACUGCUUGUAGCACGGGCCAUGCUUGGCGAUACUGCUCGGCUUGGGCUAAAGCGGCCUACCGUCGGCCCCCUCGAGCUCAAGUCGCUCUCAGGGAAGACCCCAGUUCUUGAUGUUGGCACAUUUGCAAAGAUUAGGUCGGGGGAUAUCAAGGUGCAUCCAGGCAUCAAACGGAUAUCGGGACGACAAGUAGAGUUUUUGGACACGUCGUCCGAGGACUUUGAUGCAAUUGUGCUUGCGACUGGCUACAGGAGCAAUGUCCCCUUCUGGUUAAAGGACCGGGAGUUGUUUUCGGAGAAAGACGGCUUGCCAAGGAAAGCAUUUCCAAACGGGUGGAAGGGCGAGAGGGGACUCUACUCGGCCGGACUCACUCGACGCGGUCUGAUGGGAACAUCUCUUGAUGCGAGGAGGAUUGCUCACGACGUCGAGCAGCAGUUGCGUGCUGAAGGAAAGUAUCCAGGCGUGUUGCUCUAG